GACGCUGACGUGCUGUUUGCAGUGCACGCCCUUCAUGCCCGAGGCCCGGGCGGUGCUGGAGCUGGUGGACCAGUGCCCCCGGCAGGUGCUCAGAGGCGCGUUCCCCGUCAUCGUCAUAGAGGGCCUGGACGCCACAGGCAAAACCACCGUGACCCAGGCGGUGGCAGGCGCCCUCCAGGCCGCCCUGCUGAAGUCGCCGCCCGCCUGCAUCAGCCAGUGGCGGCAGGCCUUCGACGACGAGCCCGCCAUCAUCAGGAGAGCCUUCUACUCUCUGGGCAACUACAUCGUGGCUUCUGAGAUAGCCCAGGCGUCCGCCAGGUCCCCCGUGGUGGUGGACAGGUACUGGCACAGCACGGCCGCCUACGCCAUCGCCACCGAGGUGAGCGGGGCGGUCCAGCACCUGCCCCCGGCCCACCACCCCGUUUACCAGUGGCCGAAGGACCUGCUCAAGCCCGACCUGGUCGUGCUGCUCACGGUGAGCCCUGAGGAGAGACUGAGGAGGAUCCGAGGCCGGGGCCUGGAGAGGACCAGCGAGGAGGAGGAGCUGGAAGCCAACAGCGUAUUCCGGCAGAAGGUGGAGGUCUCCUACGCGUGGAUGGAGAGCCCGGGCUGCCACGUGGUGGACGCCAGCCCCUCGAGGGAGAGGGUCCUCCAGGCGGUGCUCAGCCUCAUCCGCGAUCGUUGUCCUCAGCUGCCCUGACUCAGCGCCUCGUCACAUGGUCGAGCCUCGCCGCCCAGGCCUGGCUACACGCUUUCCCGCUCGGUGUGUCCCAGAGAAUUGGGGACCAGACCUCUCAGCGUCCCCCUAAUUAUCGUUUGUGCUUCGGGGACCAGACCUCUCAGUGUCCCGCUAAUUAUUGUUUGUGCUUCUGACCGAUUGGGCCCGUCGGGGUUGAGACGGGCCACGUUCCCGUGGGCGCCAAGAGAUUCCCGCCCGGCACCCCGCGCUUGUUCUGCGAACGGGCUUCACGCCAUCCCAGCAAAGGCCUCGGGGAAGCCCUCCCCGCUCAGUGUCCCAUCCCAGCCUCCGCCACGCCCACACCUGCUCCCUGGCAAGACCUUGACACGGUGGGCGUGGACGUCUUCCCAGCCUGGCCUCACCCCAUGGUCUUGACUGAGUCCCAGAUCCCAGAGCCAAGCCCUCCUGCGGGACGUGCCUGCGUGUCCCGGCCCCCAGAAGCGUCUGGUGGGCGGGGGCAGCCGGUGUCCACCUGUGUCGGCAGCUCACAACCCCGAGACCCCGAAGCGCAGGCACGCCGGCCUUUCUGGAUUAUUCCUGCCUGUUCUGAUUCCACCCUUUCCUCUGGGGACUGGCUGUGGCUGUGGGGAGCGUCUUGACCUGAGCUGGACGCCUGCACGUGGCCAGGGCAGCCAUGUGGCCAAAUCGCUGAGUCCCGCAGGGUUUCCGCGGCCUGGGUCCGGGCUUCUCUACCAGCAAUGGGGCCGGAAGCCACGGCCACGCAGGUUGUGUCUUUCAUUCCCCAGCCGUGGUUUGUCUCCCGUCGUGAGCACAGCGGGCCCUGGAGGGGGUCCCCUAGUGAGUGGUCUCGCACUUGCAUGUCUGUGAUGGCCCAUGAAAUCCGCGUGGCGGUCUGUUUGGCUAGAAAACAGUGGCUGAGAAAAGGGGACAUUUACCUGCUUGGUGGCUUUGGGUGAGUCACGUAAUAUUAGCGGUAACUUGAUCGAAAUGGGAGAAUAAUGCUUGAUGUGUCUUACGGAGUGGGCGGAGCCAGGCGGUCACCUAAAUCUCUUCCGUUCCAAGAUGGAUAGAUGAUUGUCUUCUUGAGACAUCCCCUCCCCGCCCCCUCCCCCCGAUAAUUACAUUUGAGGCCUUAUCGGGAUCAUGCUAUGGAAUCUUAAAUUAUAGUAACGUUUAGUAUUAAUGAUAUUCUAUUUUUCAAAAAAACCCUAGGUAAUGUAUACACACUAUAUCGAUGCAUAUAAAUGGAAAUGAUUUCAGAUGAACAUAUUUUUAAAGCUGAUACAUAGUGUCGGGAUCCGUUAAGAUGUGACUUUGAAUUAUGUCCUUGGGGUUCAUGACUUGACGAUCUGCACGGCUUGCGUGCUGCCCCGGAAAACAAGCCUUCCAUCUCCCGUGCCUCCUUCCGCCCCUCGCGGCGAAUAAACUCGCUGUGGUGUCCGGCCUG